UUCAAGGAAAUCUUUCACUGCGAAACAGUACAGGCUGUUCCAGCUCUCACCUUAUUGGUCUGCUAUGGGGGUGGAGUACCAACCAAGGACUCAACAGUACAUUCAAAAUGGCGAAUGUGUUAUUGCUGUUUCCUGCAAAGCGGUGCGGUUAGUCUGUCUUCGAAAUUCUUCAAUUAUUGUCAUAUCUAAUUAGUGUAUACAUGGUCAGUGUGUACUAUUAAUGCACGUUAAUAUCAAUACGUGCAAUAUCUCACGAUAUCUCAUAACUAACAAUCAGAAUUGCCUAGCCCUUUGGCAGCAACACACGAUUAAAUAAGUGUCAUGAAAUGUAAUAAAAUAUACAUUAAGUAUAUAUGAGGUAACUUGAGGUGUAUUUGAUUUGAUGUUCAAAACUACAAAAUACAUUAAACAUUAAUAAUGAAGCGCUUUUCAGGCAAACCGUUUAUUAUAAAUCUUAGGAAAAUGUAGGGGAGUUGCCAUAGUGUAUCUCUUAAUUUACACCUGAAAAACAUUUCAGACAAGUAUAGAAAAUAAAUGUGAAUCCACAAUGAGCAAUAAAUAGUAUAGGCUAUUACAGUAGAGGAUUUGCCUUCUACCCAGGAUGCUGUUGUGUUUCUGAGGAAGUUGUGUGCGCUUACGUUGAAAAAGAGGGGGCAGAGCUUUUGAAUAGGAUAACAGUUCGGGCAGACCCAGAGAGAAGGGCAGACGGGUAGAGAGCAGGAUCGAGCACAGUAUGGAAGAGACGCACAACUGUCAAAGUAUUAAAAUGACGUUAAACCUACGAAAAUCAUCAAGAAAGGCGUUGGCUGCGCGGGUAGAAGACAAGGGAUAGCGUUGGUUUCACAUAUGGCAACCAUUGAAGUUGGACAAAUGAGGUGACUGAAGAUAUUCAACAAGUGGUUUGUCAUCUGGACAAUCCACCUAACUGAUGACUCUGGGGAUCAGAAUGAACAAGACUUAUUCCAGUCAUGGACUGACUGCCUGUGCUGUUCCCUCUACAAUAAAGAAGACAGCUAUCAAUUCGGCCUCAGAAGAAUCGAACCGCUCUGGGUCGGAGUCUGGGAGUCAGUCGGAGAGUGAGCAGGGCAGUGAGAGGAGAAGAUCGCACCACUCUGGAGAGUCCAACAGCUCCUCUGAAUCUGGAAGCCCGUCCGGGUCUGAGAGUGAUUCGCAGCAGGCUUCAGCAGAGGUCAAGGACAAACCACCAGUUAAAAAGAAAGACAAUCUGGCAGAUGUAAAGAAGAUGUGGGAGGAGCAUCCAGAUGUCUACGGAGUCAGGCGAUCAAAUCGUAGUAGGCAAGAACCUGCUCGUCUCAAUAUUGGAGCUGGGGGUAGCAGUGACUCAGAAGGGGAAAUUCCCAAAAGAAAAGCACCACGACAAAAGAAAAGAGAAAAUACCUGGAAAAGUGAUGACUCGGAUGAUGAUGAGGAACAGGAGGAGGAUGCCAGCAGUGCAGACAAUGAGCAGGAAGAGAAAAAAGUUAGAUCCAGACGACUUCCUGCUAGAAGGCCUCAGACCAAAUCAAAUGCAGUCCAAAAACCGCAUCCUUCGAAGAGAAGGAAAAACCGGAAACAAGAAUCCUCUGUUGAGGAAGAUGAUGAUGACGACGAAGAUGAUGAUGACGACGACGACGACGAAGACACCCCAAAGAGACAAACCCGACGACGUGUGGCUGCUAAAGUCAGUUACAAAGAGGACCAAAAUGACUUUGAGACAGACUCUGAUGACCUGAUAGAGAUGGAGGGAGCUGAAGCGGAGCCUGAAGAUGACAGCGAGACCAUUGAGAAGGUUAUAGACACUAGGAUUGGCAAAAAAGGGGCCUGUGGGCCUUCCACGACCCAGUAUGCUGUGGAGGAAAAUGGGGACCCGGGAGCAGACUUUGACCCUGAGAAGGAUGAAGGAGAGACCCAUUAUCUGAUCAAGUGGAAAGGCUGGUCCUACAUCCACAACACCUGGGAGAGUAUUGAAUCCCUCACUCAACAGAAGGUCAAGGGACUGAAGAAAAUAGAAAACUUCAAGAAAAAGAAUGAUGAGCUCAAUGCUUGGUUGAGCAAAGCAUCUCCAGAGGAUUCAGAAUACUUCAACUGCCAACAAGAGCUGACCACUGACUUGAAUAAGCAGUUCCACAUUUUGGAGAGAGUCAUUGCAUCUAAAACGGCGAAAACACAGGGACCCUCCGAUUUUCCUUCUCACAGCCAUAAGAAUGCAUCAUCGUCCAAUGAGCCAGAGUACCUGUGUAAGUGGAUGGGCCUACCCUAUUCAGAGUGCAGCUGGGAGGAUGGAGCUCUGCUGAAAAAGAAGUACCAGCAUUGUAUAGACAGCUUCAUCAACAGAAACUCAAGCAAAACGGUACCCUCCAAAGACUGCAAAGUAUUGAAACAGAGGCCCAGAUUUGUUGCACUAAAGAAACAGCCAUCGUACAUUGGGGAUGAGAACCUGCAGCUGAGAGAUUAUCAGUUAGAUGGCCUGAAUUGGCUGGCUCACUCCUGGUGCAGGUGCAAUAGUGUGAUCCUAGCUGAUGAGAUGGGACUGGGGAAAACAAUCCAGACCAUCUCCUUCCUGUCUUACCUGUUUCACCAGCACCAACUGUAUGGGCCCUUUCUUGUGGUGGUGCCCCUGUCCACCCUAACCUCAUGGCAGAGAGAGUUUGAAACCUGGGCCCCUGACAUGAAUGUGGUGGUCUACCUGGGAGAUGUGAUGAGUAGGAAAUCAAUCCGUGACUAUGAGUGGGUAUGUCAUCAGACGAAGAGAAUAAAGUUUAAUGCACUCAUCACCACAUAUGAAAUUCUACUGAAAGACAAGGCGGUGUUAGGGAACAUAAACUGGGCCUUCCUGGGUGUUGAUGAAGCUCACCGGCUGAAGAAUGAUGACUCCCUUUUGUACAAAACCCUGAUUGAGUUCCGGUCCAACCAUAGGCUUCUAAUUACUGGGACUCCACUUCAGAACUCUCUCAAAGAGCUGUGGUCCCUACUGCACUUUCUCAUGCCUGACAAGUUUGAAAACUGGGAAGAUUUUGAAAGCGAGCAUGGUAAAGGCACUGACAAUGGCUAUCAAAGCCUCCACAAGGUCCUUGAACCGUUCCUCCUGAGGCGUGUGAAGAAGGAUGUGGAGAAAUCCCUGCCUGCCAAAGUGGAACAGAUCCUUCGUGUUGACAUGUCUGCCGUACAGAAGCAAUACUACAAGUGGAUUCUGACCAGAAACUACAGAGCCCUGCAGAAAGGUACUCGGGGAAGCUCUUCUGGCUUUCUUAACAUUGUUAUGGAGCUGAAGAAGUGCACCAAUCAUGGUUUCCUUAUCAAGCAGCCAGAGGAGGAGUGUGAAACUCAACAAGAACACCUGCAGGCUUUGGUGAGAGGCAGUGGGAAGCUGGUGCUACUGGAUAAGCUGCUUACCAGACUUCGGGAGCGGGGCAACCGUGUCCUCAUCUUUUCCCAGAUGGUGCGGAUGUUGGACAUCCUGGCUGAGUACCUUGCCCUAAAGCGCUACCCAUUUCAGCGCCUCGAUGGUUCCAUAAAGGGGGAAAUACGAAAACAAGCACUUGAUCACUUCAAUGCUGAAGGCUCUGAGGACUUCUGUUUCCUGCUGUCUACCCGGGCUGGCGGGCUGGGGAUCAACCUGGCCUCUGCAGACACUGUGGUCAUCUUUGACUCUGACUGGAACCCUCAGAAUGAUCUGCAGGCACAAGCAAGGGCUCACAGAAUUGGCCAAAAGAAACAGGUGAAUAUCUAUCGCUUGGUCACGAAGGGAACUGUGGAGGAGGACAUUAUUGAGAGAGCAAAGAAGAAGAUGGUUUUGGACCAUCUUGUCAUUCAGAGAAUGGACACCACUGGACGUACUGUAUUGGAUAACAACUCUGGGAAUUCGAAUUCAAAUCCAUUCAACAAAGAUGAAUUGACUGCUAUUCUGAAGUUUGGAGCUGAAGAUCUUUUCAAAGAAGCAGAAGGAGAGGAAACUGAACCAACGGAGAUGGAUAUAGAUGAGAUCUUGCGUUUGGCUGAAACCAGAGAAAGCGACCAGGGAUCAAGUGCCACAGAUGAACUUCUCUCUCAGUUCAAGGUGGCCAACUUCUCCAACAUGGAGGAAAGUGCCCCCGAACUAGUAGAGCGAAUGGUGCCUGACUGGGACGACAUCAUCCCUGAGGACCAAAGGCGGAGGCUGGAAGAGGAGCAGAAGCAGAAGGAAAUGGAGGACAUCUACAUGCUGCCUAGGAGCCGGAGUUCCAAUAAGAGGGCACAAGCCAAUGACAGUGACAGUGAUGUUGGCUCCAAGCUGAAGCAUCACUCCUCAGGCUCUGAGAGUGAGACGGACGACAGUGACGAUGACAAGAAGCCAAAGAGGAGAGGCAGACCCAGAGCCCGCAAGAACAACGUGGAGGGUUUCACUGAUGCCGAGAUCCGCAGGUUCAUCAAGGCAUAUAAGAAAUUUGGAGCGCCACUUGAAAGGCUGGAGUGUGUUGCCCGAGACUCUGAGCUGGUGGAUAAAUCCCAGGCCGACCUGAAGAGACUAGGAGAGCUAAUCCACAACAGCUGUGUGACGGCAGUUCAAGAGCACGAAGAGCACCUCCGGGAGAAUCCUGGUGAAGCCAAAGGUCCUGGGAAACGCAGAGGUAUCAACAUCAAGAUCUCAGGGGUGCAAGUCAAUGCCAAAUCCAUCAUUCAGCAUGAGGAGGAAUUUGAGUCCCUGCACAAAGCUGUGUCAGCCAAUCCUGCUGAGAGAAACAAGUUUGAACUGACAUGCAGAGUAAAGGUUCCUCACUUUGAUGUGGAUUGGGAUCUGCAGGAUGACACUCAACUGUUGCUAGGGGUCUAUGAACAUGGCUAUGGAAACUGGGAUCUCAUUAAGACUGACCCUGAACUGAAACUUUCAGAAAAGAUUCUACCUGAUGACACAGAGAAGAAACCACAAGGGAAGCAGUUGCAGGCCAGAGUGGACUACCUUCUGAAGAUUCUGAAGAAAGAAGCAGAAAAUAAAGAUGCCACUAAAGAGGAGACCAAAGUAAAAAAGAGGAAGCCUUGGGUAAGAAAAGAGAACAAGGCCCCUAAAGAUGAGCAGGGGAAUGACAUCUCCUCCCCCCGACUGUCAGACAACCCCUCGGAGGAAGGAGAGGUUAAGGAUGAAGGAACAGAAAAAGCACCUAUUAAGAAGAGACAGAAGAAAAAGGAUAACAAAGAGAACAAAGAAAAACAAGGAACAACUAAAAAAGAGAAGGAAGGGGAUAAAGAAAAAAAGCGUCCAAAGCCAAAAAAAGAGAAGGCUAAAGGAGCCAAAGGGAAGAAGCCCCAGGGGCCAGUCCACAUCACUGCUGGGAGUGACCCUGUUCCCAUUGGAGAGGAAGACGAUGAGCUUGACCAGGAGACAUUCAGCGUAUGUAAGGAACGUAUGAGGCCAGUGAAGAAGGCCCUGAAACAACUAGAUAAGCCUGACGAUGGCCUGUCUGUUCAAGAGCAGCUCCAACACACACGCACCUGCCUUCUGAAGAUAGGAGACCGCAUCACUGAGUGCCUUAAGGCCUACAGUGAUCCAGAGCAUGUCAAAACAUGGCGUCGGAACCUCUGGAUCUUUGUAUCUAAGUUUACAGAGUUUGGAGCCAGGAAGCUUCACAAAUUGUACAAGAUGGCUCAGAAGAAGCGGUCACAGGAGGAAGAGAAGGAGCAUAGAAAAAAGGGAGAUGACGUGUCGAGUAAGAAGAAGCCUUUCAGAGCUGAAGCAUCUGGUUCCAGUCGAGACUCCACCAGCACCCAGCCCUCGUCCAAGUCUCACUCAGGCAUGCCCCACCCAUCUCCCACAUCCCCUCAUGGUCACCACAGAGAAGGAUACAACCAGUCCAACAAGAGACACUUUGGAAAUGAUGAUCGAGGAGAUUGGCAGAGAGAUCGUAAAUACAACUAUCCAGGAAAUAGCAACCAGUCCUGGCAAGGAGAGCGACAUCAUCCGUACGAUGCACAUCGGUAUAAGGAUCAUCACUAUGGUGACCGGCAUCCGCGUGAAGACUCCUAUCGCAGCAGCUCUAGCAGUUACCGUAGUGGCAGCAGCAGCUCUCCUCGGAAGAGGCCCUAUGAUCAAUAUGACAAUGACCGGGAUCACCGGGACCGUCGGGCCUAUUACGACAGACACCAAGACUCGAAGAGGAGACGGGGUGAUGACUUCCGUCCACCCCAAGAGUUCAGGAGUGGAGGAGGCCAUCCCCAGGACUUCAGGGGGAGGAUGCCAGAGCAUAGGGGACCGCCGGGACCAGCAGGGCCAGAACACUUUACCCGGCCAUAUCCAGACAACAAACCCCCUUUGCUUCUGGACCCACGCUCCCCACAAGCUCAGAAGUCUCCACAGGAUUCACGCUCGCCACCUGCAGAGCAAAAACCAGCUGUGUCUGACGUUAACUGGAACAACAGGAAAACAUGAGGCCUGUUACUAAAAGGCAAGCGGUCCAGGUUAGGAACACAAUAGGAACUUCAUAUGCUGCUGAAGGACAGGUCUGGAAUGGCUAGACCCACCGGUUUGCUUGGCCAGACAAAUCCCCACAUUGGGACAGGGAGGUGACUGCAAUCACCAAACUCUCCAAACCCUUCCUUCAGGUGUGAUGGUGGUAAGAAACUGUCUGUGCCCAUGUAAAAAAGAGUUCAACAUCUUGAAAUGUAUCACACUAAUUUUCUUUUUCUUAAUUACACGUGAUCAGUUAGCGUUCAGUCUGUCUGAAUGCCUAUGGAUGGUUAGUCCCAUGGACACUUAUCUGGGGAACAAGUACAGUGCCGGAAAGGUUGAUGUUGACUGAUCUUGGAACAUAAAAAGUGCCUAAAGUAUUUGGCCUUUGAAAUGUUAGCAGUAUGGGAUUAUUCCCCAAGGAACUAUGACUUUGAUAUUUUUGCUUUCUUUAUGCCCAUUAUAAUUAUGUCCACAGGAAAGGUUUCUUUAAAUAAUUGUCUAUCAUGUUUCAUUCGCAACUUCAAAUUUGUAUUAAUCUUAAUCUUGACCUGGUUGUGAAUGAUUUCAUAAAGGGGCCCUUCUCUGGAUGAAAAUGGGCAUGGGAAAUUGAAUAUUAAGUUAAUCAGCCCAGUACCUAGUCUUGAAGUUACUAUUUAAAAGAUUUUAAUGAGCAUUUCUCAAUCGUGUUUAUAAUCCAUUUUCUGUAAAGACAUGCAUCAUUGCAGUUUUCAUUUUUUGUGUAAUUAAAGAUACACUGUGGGAUCUUAAGCACACCAAAUUUCUAUAUGUUACAAAUUAGAUUUGUAACAUACGAAUUGCACAUUCUACAUUUGUUAACAUGUACAAAUUAGAUGACAGUACACAAUCAGAUUAUGUAGUUAACAAAAACAGGGAUCUGUUUUAGAUCGUGCACCACUUUCACAACUGUUUAAAAAGAACUCCACAAAGCAUCUUUAAGAACCUAAUGAAAAGGAGAUGUUUCUAAACAGUAUUUAAGGUUAUUCUUUUGCAAAAUUUCUGAAGAACACUAUGACUUUAUUUAAGCUAUCCCUAAUAACCUUUAUUUGUAGAUGUGCAAAAGAUGAGCCAUUUCAAUCACAUUUCUGUGUUAUGUAUAAAUGGUACUUUUAAAGCAUACAUUGCACUAGAAGUACUGCACUCUACCAGUUUAUUCCACUUGUAAUAGUAUUGAGCAAUGUUUGACAAGACUGGAAUUUAUCUUCUAUAGUUAAGAUUGUUUGAUUCCCAGUGACAGCAGCAAAACUGCAGGUUGAUCUUCUGAGAGGCAUUAGUAUUUACUGAUGUGGUAGAUGACAAGCUGUUAUUGGUCAGUUUGUUUCGGUGCCAAACCAGAGACUGGCCCUGCUCUGGUUCUUAUGGUUUUUGGUGUGCUCCUCCAUUUGUGCCUUAUUUCUUUGUAUUUCAUACUGUAUAUGGGUUCAUGGACAGCAUUGUACUUAUUCUGUACUACAGAGAUGAUGCAGUAUUAAACAGUCAUGUUUUGAUAUUGUUUUCAAUGGGUGAUUGUGAAAUGUGGAAUGCUAGUUGAGUGAAGACUGGUGGUGGGAACAAAAUUAUUUUGUUUGUCAUAUUUUUCUGCAACUCCCUAAAAGAUGUUGGGGAAAUAAUAAACAGCAUUACACAGGUAAGUCUGUGUAUGAUGUCCUCUAUGGGCAGACCUGUUACAAGGAAUAACCACUCCUUCCUUUUCUUCACGCUACAAUGUCAAAAGACCUGUGUUCUAGAAAACAAAAUAAUUUAUAUUUGUGACAAAAGCCACUGUUCACGUGAAAUGUACUGUAAAUAUGUUUAUAGACAUGUAUUAAACUUUCCUACAUUAUGA